AGAUGGGACCAGCAGCAGUGGAAACACAGCUGCCCUCCUGUGCCUGACAACAGCCUACAUUGUGCAUGGUCACUAUACAAAAUCAAAAUGUGGAUAUUCAUCGUUCACGCCACAGAGCCGAGAAACUGUGUAGUCUCAGCGGAGGGAGUCACAAGAGGCUGGCUGGAGAGCAUUUUCCCUCACAACAUUUCUGUCCACGACAUCUCUGUGUCAUCCCCAAGUCACAGCUGCCCUGUGGUUAAUGAUUCUGCAGCUCUGCAUGUGCAAAAGCCUCAGGGAUCAACAGCGUCACCGGACUCCCCCUGUGACAAGUGUUUCAGCUGUGAAGUCUAUGUGAAUGUGGAUCCUGCUGCCAGCGUAGAAGCAGUUCAGGCAGAAAUUACUGCACUGCUGAGUUUGACCUUCUCUAACAACUUCCUCAAUCUGUCAGCUGACCCGAACAGCAUCAUGGUACUUCCUGUGGAGUCAUUCCCUGUGGUAACAGAACCACCAACAGCUGUCAGUACUGCUGCAACUACAUCAGAAACAGGUCCAACUCAAAGUCGACCUGCUGAACCCGCUAAUGUGUCGACAACAGGAGAUCCUUCAGAUCGCAAUUUGACUGGCGUUGGACCAGAUACAUUCUUCAGAGUAAAUGUGACGGUAAAGAUUGCUGGCCCCACGAAUCCAAAGGAUAUCAUUAAGAAAUGGGUGAAAGAAUCACUGGAGGUGAAUGGCACCAUGAUUGUACUAAAUCUCAUCAUGAAGGAGAAAGUUGACUGGAACAUGGCUCAAAACAAUAAACUAAAGACUUCGUACCACCAACAAAAACAAUAUUACUGUGCCUUCCAUGUUCGGGAAUACAAAAUCAACAGUGUUGCUGAAAUCAUAACUUUCAUUCAUUCUGCACUGACGUCAAAGCAUGAAAUAGACUCCGUUAUUAUUGAAGCAGUGGACGUGGCGAUAAAGCAAAUAUUGCCAGAAAACUGUUUAGAAGAAACCACAGUGACGAUCUAUGGAGAAUAUAUUUGGCCUGAAUCAUUUCCACAAGACAGCCAAGAGAUGGGUUGCAGAAAACCUAAGUUUGAAAAAGCUUACAGGCUUUGCAAGUUAGACAUUGAAACUGACAUGACCAGCUGGGCUGAGCCUGAUAUGAGAAACUGCAAACAACUUGUGUCCAUCUCAGACCUCAGCAAUAUCACGGUCACCACUGAUAACGCUGCUGAGGUGGUGGGCAUUGUUCGGGACCUGGUGGAUGUCCAGUUAAGUAACAGUUCUGAGCUCUCAUCUUUCGAGCUGGAUUCAGUGGUGGAGAAGCUCAAUAAAGUGGUUGAUAUCAGCUUCAUCCAACCUGCUGUUGGUGCUGAUAUUGUCAACGUCAUCGCUAAUAUCCUGCUCUCUGAAACCAACGUCACACCAGUGGCUACAGCAGUCCUCAAACUGACGGACAAAAUGGGGGACAAUAUGUAUUUCAUUGAUGAAUCUGUGAGUGUAAACGCUCCCUCAAUGGCACUUUCCAUGAUGAACGUAGAUGGAGAUGGAUUCAAGGGCCUCACCUUUGGUGUGUCCUCAGUUUUAUCUCUCCUGGAUCUGAAGACUUUUUUCAUGUGGGAUUUUGUGGGUGAACCACUUCCAGACACAGAUGCAACCAUCUCUCUGCCCUCUGAGCUCCAAAACUGUUUCACAAGAAACACAACUCGUGUUCAGUUUCAGUUCCAUGGAACAAAUGAGCUUUUUCAGGACACCACCAGUGCAACUCAGAGCAGGUGGACGUUGAACUCUUAUAUAGUAUCUGCCAGUAUCAAUGACACUGACGUCAGCAACCUGAGUGAUCGAGUACUGGUGACACUCAGCCAUCACAAACCCAAACAGCCAGACGACAGGGUGCAGUGUAUGUUUUGGGAUUUCGGGAAGAAUGGUGGACUGGGUGGUUGGAACAGCAGUGGUUGUGAAACCCGGAAUAUUUCUCCUCAUCAGACCAGCUGUCUCUGCGAUCACCUCACACACUUCGCUGUGCUCCUGGAUGUGUCCAGAACUCCCAUCAGUGAGGCCGACAGUCACAUUCUGACUAUGAUUUCAUAUCUUGGAUGUGGGAUAUCCUCCAUCUUUCUGGGUAUCACUCUACUCACCUACCUGGCAUUUGAGAAGCUGCGUCGGGACUACCCGUCUAAGAUCCUCAUCAAUCUGUCAGCUGCUCUGCUGGGGCUGAGCAUGCUCUUCCUCCUGGACUCCUGGUUCUCAUCCUUCUCUAACUACGGUCUGUGCAUCGCCACCGCUGCAACGCUGCACUACUUCCUGCUGGCCUCGUUCACCUGGAUGGGCCUUGAGGCGGUAAACAUGUACCUCGCCCUGGUCAAGGUCUUCAACAUCUAUGUUCCCUCAUACAUCCUGAAGUUCUGCGCUGUAGGAUGGGGUAAGGCAGAGCACUGA